CUUCUGCAGCUAUGGUUAUGACUUUAUCUGCGUUUCACCAGGAAGCUGCUUAGUUAAUUCUGUGUUCAGAACAUUUGUCUACAGAACCUCUUGUUCGCUUUAUUCCAAGGGAUUGUCGUUCAUGUGUAGCCAAAUCGAGUCUAAUUCCGUUUAGCACAAAUUAUCCGCUGUUUUCAAUGUCUGCCGCCGCCUCCAUCUUUCCGGUUUUACUGAAAGUAAGUGAAACCGAGGACUGAAAUACCAAUGGAACGGUGAGUUAUGAUGGCAGCUAAAGAAGAGCUUUACACCAAAGUCACCCCGCGGAGGCAGCGCCAGAAUCGAUCGGGCACUGUAAAACAUGGGUCAAGUCUGGACGUGCUGCUGUCGAUGGGAUUCCCCAAGACCAGGGCGCUAAAAGCUCUGGUGUCUACGGGAGGCAGAAAUGUGCAGGCAGCCUGUGAUUGGUUGUUCUCUCAUGUGGACGACCCAUUUCUGGACGACCCUCUCCCCAGGGAGUAUGUGUUGUACCUGCGCCCCAGCGGCCCCCUGCUCCACCAGCUCAGCACUUUCUGGCAGCAGUCACGGGUCACCUGCGGCAAGAACAAGGCCCACAACAUCUUCCCGCACAUCACCCUCUGCCAGUUCUUCAUGUGUGCGGACGGUAAGGUGGAGGCACUGAGUGAGGCCCUACAGGCUACAGUGGGGUCGUGGAGGGGUCGUUUCCCUACCCCUCUCCCCCUGGAGCUCUAUACCUCCUCCAACUUCAUAGGCCUCUUUGUGGAGGAGCAGGUGGCAGAAGUGCUCAAGGACUUUGCCGCUGACUUCGCUACGGAGGCGGCUACUAAAGCAGAUGUGCACGUGGAGCCCCAUAAGAAGCAGCUCCAUGUGACCCUGGCCUACCACUUCCAGACCAAUCACCUGGCUGCCUUGGAGAAGCUGGCCAAGGGAGUGGACGUGUCGCUGGGCUGCGAUUGGCUGGCCGUGCUCUUCUCCCGGGACAUCCGAUUUGCCAACCACGAGACGCUGCGGGUGAUGUACCCAUACGUGCCCCAGAACGAGGACGAGCUAGAGCUUGCGCCUGGCGACUUUAUCUUCAUGACCCCCGUGGAGCAGGGUAGUGCCAGCGAGGGCUGGGUCUAUGGCACCUCUCUGGGCACUGGGCUACCUGGACUGCUGCCUGAGAACUAUGUCAGGCGGGCAGAUGAGUGUGACACCUGGGUAUUCCAUGGAUCUCACUCUUUCAGCAACCCAGCCUCCCCGUCCAACGCUGGGGGUGCAGUGGGCGGCCUGUUAUUUGAUGGACAGCUGGACAGACGUUUUCUUGACGACCCUGGAGAUCCAUCCAGCCUCACUGUCCUCUGUCCACCUGUCCAGAUGCUGAGGCCCACCACUCAGUCAUGUCUUCCCAAGAGGAGUCUGUUUGUGUGUCGCCAUGGUGAGAGGAUGGAUGUAGUGUUUGGGAAACACUGGAUCACUCAGUGCUUUGAUGCUAAAGGCCGAUAUGUUCGCUCCAACCUCAACAUGCCGUCUAGUUUGCCAACGAGGAGUGGAGGCUUCCGAGACUACGACAAAGACUGUCCAAUCACAGUGUUCGGCUCCACUCAGGCCCGCCUUGUGGGUGAAGCCCUAUUGGAGAGCCAAGCGGUGAUAGAUUUUGUGUACUGUUCUCCCUCGCUGCGCUGUGUCCAGACUGCCCACAACAUCCUCAGAGGCCUGCAGCAGGAGGGGAAGACUAAGAUCCGUAUAGAGCCUGGUCUGUUUGAGUGGACCAAGUGGGUGUCUGGCACCUCUCUCCCUGCCUGGAUCCCUCCCACUGACAUGGCUGCUGCUAGCCUGUGUGUGGACACAACCUACAGACCUCAUAUUCCCAUCAGCAAGCUUGGCGUGUCAGAGUCCUAUGACACCUACAUCAGCCGGAGCUUCCAGGUCACCAGGGAGAUUCUGACAGAGUGCAAAAACCUGGGAAACACUGUGCUGAUCGUGGCCCAUGCUUCCUCCCUGGAGGCAUGUACUCGCCAGAUGCAGGGCCUCAGCCCACAGAACGCCAAGGACUUUGUACAAGUGGUCAGGAAGAUUCCUUACCUAGGUUUCUGUGCGGCUGAGGAGAUGGGGGAGACGGGGGUGUGGCAGCUGGUGGACCCGCCCAUCCUUCCAUUAACCCACGGGCCCAAUCACAGCUUCAAUUGGAGGGAGACGCUACAGCAGGACUGAGGAAUUCCUGCCCACGCCCCCAUCUCCCAGCAGCCCAGAGAGACACUGCUGAGCUAAGACGGAUGCAGCUAACGCAAGCGCAAAGCAAACAUUUCCUCUGCUAUCUAACUAGCGCGGUAAACGUACACACACACACACACACACCGCUAUCAAAACCAGACCAAAAAUGCCACGCCUUCCAUCGCAUAUGCUGUGUAAAACACACUCAUUGAAUGAGUCUAUAUACACUGAGGGUACAAAACAUUAGGAAUGCCUUCCUAGUAUUGAGUUGAACAGCCUCAAUUCGUUGG